AAUUUAUAUUAUUUUGAAAAAAAAAACAGGAAAUAGUCAGAAGCACAAUUGAGGGCACUUUCUCUACGAAUAACAACACACUUGUACACUAUUUGAUUAGUUUUAUAACCAAUAGUAGAAGUUAUAGUCGUACUCAAGUAAAAAUGUCGAAAGAAAAUCGGACUGAUUGGUCGGAUGUUUUGAAAAGGAGGUUAGCAAACUCAAACAGAGGUAAAAGAAGUGAAGAGGAAAAAAAAUGUGAAGAAAUGCAGUUGUUUAGCAAAUAUUAUUCCGAAUGGAAGGGCGGAAGUGGCAAAAACAAAUCUUACAAGGACAUUCCGCGAUUCUACUUCAGGCUACCGGCAGAGGAUGAAGUUUUACUCCAGAAACUGAGAGAAGAAUAUCGAGCAGUCUUUCUCCAGAGGAAGAGCAGAGAGCUGUUGGAUCAUGAGGAACUCCAGAAUCUUUGGUUUCUUCUUGAGAAGCACCAGGUGCCUCCAGUGAAUAGUGAAGAGGCCAUGAUCAGCUACGAAGCCUACCUGAAGGUGGGCAACAUGGCUGGGCCCAAGUGCAACAAAUUCUUCACAGCCAGAGUAUAUGCCAAAUUGCUCCACAGCGACCCCUACGGGAGGAUCUCUAUCAUGCAGUUCUUCAAUUAUGUCAUGAGGAAAGUGUGGCUGCAUCAGACCCGGAUUGGCCUGAGUCUCUAUGAUGUUGCAGGACAGGGCUACCUCAGAGAGUCUGAUCUGGAGAACUAUAUAUUGGAGCUGAUCCCGACGCUACCUCAGUUGGAUGGACUGGAGAAGUCUUUUUACUCUUUCUAUGUGUGCACUGCUGUUCGCAAGUUUUUCUUUUUCCUUGACCCUCUACGUACUGGAAAAAUUAAAAUCCAGGACAUCUUGGCCUGCAGUUUUCUGGAUGAUUUAUUAGAGUUAAGAGAUGAGGAAUUGUCUAAAGAGAGUCAGGAGUCCAACUGGUUCUCUGCACCUUCGGCUCUCAGAGUCUAUGGCCAAUACCUCAACCUGGAUAAGGACCACAACGGCAUGUUGAGCAAGGAGGAGCUGUCACGCUAUGGCACAGCCACCCUCACCUCAGUCUUCCUUGAACGAGUGUUUCAGGAAUGCCUCACUUAUGAUGGAGAAAUGGAUUAUAAGACUUAUUUAGACUUUGUGUUGGCCUUGGAAAACAAGAAAGAGCCAGCAGCACUGCAGUAUAUUUUUAAGCUUCUAGACAUGGACAAUCAAGGAUACCUCAAUGUCUUCUCCCUCAACUAUUUCUUCAGGGUCAUCCAAGAUCAGAUGAAAGUGCACUGUCAGGUCCCAGUCUCCUUCCAGGAUGUUAAGGAUGAGAUCUUUGACAUGGUCAAGCCUAAAGACCCUUAUAAGAUCACGCUCCAGGACUUGGUGAACAGUUGCCAGGGUGACACGGUGACCAGCAUCCUGAUUGACCUCAAUGGCUUUUGGACAUAUGAGAACAGAGAGGCGCCAGUUGCCAAUGACGGCGACAGCCCCAGCACAGCUAAUAAUGAUGACUCCUAAACAAGAUGAUCAUUGUGUCAAAUGAUUUUUGCACUCCUCAACACACAGCAUGUCUUUGAUCAAGAUCUGUGUCCGUCUUCAUUAGUAUUCCUCAUUUUUGGUGUAUAAAAGGACACGUACUUUUAUUUUUUUUUCCUGAAUAAAAGUCUCUU